AUGGUCGGCAACAAGACUGGUGGCCUCUUCCGCCUCGGUAUCAAGCUCAUGCAGGCCGAGUCGCGCCGCCACGUCGACUGCGUCCCUCUUGUCAAUGUCUUUGGACUGGUCUUCCAGAUCCGCGAUGACUACAUGAACCUCAACAGCAAAGAGUACUCCAACAACAAGGGCAUGUGCGAAGACCUGACUGAGGGCAAGUUCAGCUUUCCCGUCAUCCACUCCAUCCGGACCGACCCGGGCAACUUGCAGCUCAUCAACAUUCUAGGUCAGAAGACGUCAGAUGUCGAGGUCAAGCGCUACGCCGUCUCGUUUAUGGAGCGGACGGGCUCCUUCGAGUACACCCGUCAGGUGAUUGACGUGCUCAUUGCGCGCGCGAGGAAACUCGUCAGCGAGAUUGACGAGUCGGGCACGUUCGGUGCGGGGAUCCAGGUCAUUCUCGACAAGAUGUGCGUGUAG